AUGGUCGAUUCUAAUACGCGCUCGCCGUUUUUCUCUCUUCCCAUUGUCAUUCUAUCCUAUCUAGCCAUCGAGUCGGUUUACCCACCGUCAGAAUUCACACCCGAGGAGAGCAAAAACAUUUGUUUCUCUUCUUUCCCAGACUCCAAUACUUUUGAUGUGGGCGACACAGUGUUCAACUUUCGCAUUCGAUCGACUACAGCAGGACGAGCUGCAACAGGCCCAACCACGGAUGCAGGAUUUUUGUAUGGAUACGUCUUUUUUAGACAGAAGCAGGACCCGUCCAUCAGGAGAGGAUACUUUCAAAAGUCGGUCGUCGUCUUGACUCAGCACCCGUUCAUCGGUCUCUUUUCCAAGAUUGUCUCAGUCUUGGGCCCUGCCUACUUUGAGAUCGGCAAGCCCAUGUUGGAGACCGCCUUUCACGAUAUCGCACGAUGGAGGGCACCCAUCACGGACAGUAUGAUGGAAUUACCCUUUAUGGGACAACUCUUGCAGGUCCAACUCGCCAAACCACAGCAACCUCAACUUUUGGAGACAUCACCUUUUGAGAUUGCAACAUACCAACCAGACACCCAUAUCCUGUCGUCAGUCCCCAUCAAUGGCGGACUCUACAAACACUUUCAAGAUCUUGUGCCAGACCUGUGGCUAUGCUGGGAGUUGAUGACCCUCGCUGAGCCCAUCAUGCUCAUUGGUACCUCUCCUGAGGUGUGCAGCGAAUCCGUCGCAUCCUUGGUGGACCUCAUCAACCCCAUUCCAUACUGUGGCGACUAUCGGCCAUAUUUCACAAUUCAGGAUACCGACUUCAAGUCAUUCUGCAACAAACAGUCGCCACCCAGCAGCAUUGUCUUGGGUGUCACCAACCCCUUCUUUGUCAAGACACUGGAGCAUUGGCCUCACAUCAUCAAGAUUGGCAAGCCUAUGAACAGGAGACCCAAUAACAGGCUGGCCAUGGAUGGCACCGUUGGAAAAGUCGCCACAGGCAGUCCUAAAAUCAACAAGCCAAGCUCCCUGGACUUUGUUCAGGGUCUUGUCACUAAGAGGAAGGGCGCAAUUGCAAAAGAUACCAACUUGCUCUGCAUGCUGGCAGAGGCCACUGCCAACCGAUCCUCACCAGAUUACCUGCUGGAUAAUAUUCUGCGCAAGCACUUUGUUACCCUCACGGAAAAGUUUUUGGUUCCACUUAACCGCUACUUUGCCACAUUGGUGCCCAACGACAUCUCCCUUUCAUCAACGUUGCAGUUCCCACAUAUUGCGCCAUUCAAACAGCAGACGUUCCUCAAGUACUUGGCAAAGAACCCUCCGGCCAUCACAUUCAAGACGCCAGCAUUUAAAUCGAGCUCGGAGGCAUGUCAGAGUUUUUACAAGGACUUUUUGAAGUGCGGCAAUUUUGCGACAUGGCUCCGUCUGAGGACCAUUGCAGCACAGAACGAGCUCCGAAGGCGCUAUCUCGAGAUUCUCAGUUUAGGAGAUGUAGCAGGAUGGGUCAAGGGCCGUAACGAGGUGGAGGUGGUCGAUCUUCUAGUCCGCAUGAGGGAGGAACUCGGCAGUUCAGGAAACAAGGGCGAUCUGUUCAGCUUCAAGCCCAAGCUGAAGACACGGCCAGGAUUGUCAAGGGAAGGAUCAUACAACUCGAGCUAUGGAUCAGAUCCAACUUUGACGGAUGCUGGAGGAAUGUGGACUGGUGACCUGUCCUCUGGUUUUAGCAGGAGGGGAAGUGCGAGUGGAAGUGGAAGCGAGACUGAUACACGGACGAUUACUCCACCACCACUCGACCCGACGCUGGGUGGCCUGACCAAGCCUUCUCCUGCGACACCCACGCCAUCUAAUGGCGACUCUUCGUAUCUUUCAUCGGCGAGCGCUGGCACUCAAAUAUCGACUGGACCCAAGGCAAUUCCCUCUCGUCAACGGGUAUCUGGAAACGGCGAUCUUUACUCGAAUGCCUCCUCAUACAACAGCGCCAACUCGUCAAGGGCAGGCACGCCCACUCGAUCGUCAUCAUCGUCAUCGUUGAACAGUGGAAUCCCAGAGCAAGGAGGCAGUUCAAGGGGUCGCAAUGGCGGUAAUGGCAACACAUCAAGGGAGACCAGCCCAGAGAGACAGCGGAAACGGUAUGCGCCUGAGGCGAGUGUGAUCAAGGCAUCUGUGAAGCAGAAGGAGCAACUCCGAGAUCAAAUCCGGAUACUAGUUGAGGCAUUGCCUGUUGAUCUGAGAGACUCGUUGAUGGCGAGCGAGGUCAAGAAGAAGUCUAUGACCAUGAUGACCCACGAGGGGUACUAA